AUGGGCCGGUCCAUGCGGACAAUCCGGUCCAACCUCUUCAGCGCUCACCAAUCCGGCCCAAUCCUCGAGAGCUCGCCCAACAUCUCCGAAAACCUCACCGACUCGGUCAUCGACCUCCGACUCGGUGAGCUCGCCAGCAAAUCGUCUCGCAACUCGAAAAGCCCCUCGUCCUCCGACCUCGACGGUAUACUCGACAUCUCCACCGCCUUCAGCGACGUCUCCGCCUGCUCGAGCGACAUCUCCGGCGAGCUCCAGCGCCUGGCCAACCUCCCUGACCCCGGCCCGAACGAGGGCGCGAGCUCGGAUCCCGAGCCCGAACCUUGCUCCGGAUUCCUACAGAGGGAGACGUUCUCCACGGAGAUCAUCGACAGCAUAUCGCCGGAGGACCUCCAGCCGACGGUCAAGCUCUGUGUCGACGGCCUGCAGUCGCCGUCGGUAGCCGUGAAAAGGUCCGCGGCAGCCAAGCUACGCCUGCUGGCUAAAAACCGAGCCAACAACCGAGCCUUGAUUGGGGAAUCCGGCGCUGUCCCCACACUUGUCCCGCUCCUCCGCUGCUCGGACCCGAUGACCCAGGAGCACACGGUCACCGCCCUCCUCAAUCUCUCCCUUCACGAGGGCAACAAGAGCGUGAUUAUAAACGCCGGCGGCAUCAAAUCCUGGGACUAG